AGGAGGGUCGCGGCGGCGGCUGCAGGCUUCGCUAUGGGCCGCGCUUCCGCGGCGGUGCCGCCCGCAGCCCGCCCGCCCGGCUCUGCGCAGCGGCUCUCGGGGCGCAGCACGGGGGCGCGGCGGCCGCUGCCCGGCCCUGCCGGUGCGCUCGAGCGGCUGGGCAGGUGCUGAGCCUCCUCCGAGCCGGGUCUCCCCGCCUCCCCGAGCCCGGCCGCCGCAGUGCACAUGGGCCGCUGGAGGUAGAUGGGCUCCGGGCCCGGGACGCGGCGGUGGAUGCGGCGCUGGGCACACGCGGCCGCCCACUCCAGCUGCCGGGCUGCGCACCCCUGCACGCCCCGCGCCCCGACAUGGGGACCCCUGCGAGCGGCCCGGCCGCCCUCGCCUCCUGCAGCCGCAUGGCUUCCAGAGCCGCGAUGGUCGCGGGCUCUUUCCUGCUGCUGGGAUUCCUCAGCUCCAUCACAGCUCAGCCCGAGCAGAAGUCUCCAAAUCUUAUUGGCAAAUACCAUCAUGUUGACCGUGCCACCGGCCAGGUCCUAACCUGUGACAAAUGUCCAGCAGGAACCUAUGUAUCUGAGCACUGUACCAACACCAGCCUGCGUGUCUGCAGCCGUUGCCCCAUGGGGACCUUCACCAGGCAUGAGAACGGCAUAGAGAAAUGCCAUGACUGUAGCCAGCCAUGCCCUUGGCCAAUGAUUGAGAAAUUACCUUGUGCUGCCUUGACUGACCGAGAAUGCACUUGCCCGCCUGGCACGUUCCAGUCUAACGGUACCUGCGCCCCCCAUACGGCGUGUCCUGUGGGGUGGGGCGUGCGGAAGAAAGGGACGGUGUUCGAGGACGUGCGCUGCAGGCAGUGUGCUCGGGGUACCUUCUCUGAUGUGCCUUCUAGUGUGAUGAAAUGCAAAGCAUACACAGACUGUCGGAGUCAGAACCUCGUGGUGAUCAAGCCAGGGACCAAGGAGGCAGACAACAUCUGUGGGACAUUCCUUUCCUCCUCCAGCACGAACUCGCCUUCCCCUGGCACUACCAUCUUUUCUCACCCCGAGCACCUGGAGUCCCUUGAAGUCCCUCCCUCCACUUAUGUUCCCAAAGGCAUGAACUCAACAGAAUUCAACUCUUCUGCCUCUGUUAGACCAAAGGUACCAAGUGACAUCCAGGAAGGGACAGUCCCUGACAACACGAGCUCAGCAACAGGGGAGGAAGGCGUCACCAAGACUCUCCCGAACCUCCAGGUAGUUACCCACCAGCAAGGUCCCCACCACAGACACAUCCUGAAGCUGCUGCCGUCCAUGGAGGCCAGCGGCGGCGAGAAGUCCAGCACGCCCAUCAAAGGCUUCAAGAGGGGCCACGCUAGACAGCACCUCCACAAGCAUUUUGACAUCAACGAACAUUUACCCUGGAUGAUUGUGCUCUUCCUGCUAUUGGUGCUGGUGGUGAUAGUGGUGUGUAGUAUCCGGAAGAGUUCCAGGACUCUGAAAAAGGGGCCCCGGCAGGACCCCAGUGCCAUUGUGGAAAAGGCAGGGCUGAAGAAAUCCAUGACUCCAACCCAGAACCGGGAGAAAUGGGUCUACUAUUGUAACGGUCAUGGUAUCGACAUCCUGAAGCUUGUAGCAGCCCAAGUGGGAAGCCAGUGGAAAGAUAUUUAUCAGUUUCUGUGCAAUGCCAGUGAGAAGGAGGUGGCCGCUUUCUCCAACGGGUACACAGCAGACCAUGAGCGGGCCUAUGCCGCCCUGCAGCACUGGACCAUCCGGGGGCCCGAGGCCAGCCUUGCCCAGUUAAUCAGUGCCCUGCGCCAGCACCGGCGUACGGACGUGGUGGAGAAGAUCCGGGGACUGAUGGAAGAUACCACCCAGCUGGAAGCAGACAAGCUGACCCUCCCUAUGAGCCCCAGCCCACGCAGCCCGAGCCCCAUCCCCAGCCCCAAUGCAAAACUUGAGAAUUCCACCGUCCUGGCAGUGGGGCCUUCCCCGCCGGAUAAGAGCAAGGGCUUCUUCCUGGAUGAAGCGGAACCUCUUCUCCGUUGUGACUCCACAUCCAGCGGCUCCUCAGCACUGAGCAGGACAGGCUCCUUUAUUACCAAAGAAAAGAAAGACACAGUGUUGCGGCAGGUACGCCUAGACCCCUGCGACUUACAACCUAUUUUUGAUGACAUGCUUCACAUCUUGAAUCCCGAGGAGCUGCGUGUGAUUGAGGAGACUCCUCAGGCGGAAGAUAAACUAGACCGGCUAUUUGAGAUUAUUGGAGUCAAAAGUCAGGAAGCCAGCCAAACCCUCCUGGACUCUGUUUAUAGCCAUCUUCCCGAUCUAUUGUAGGGCAGGAGGGUAGAUACUGCCCUCUGGAAAUACUCCAGUUAUAGUGGCAGGGUGGUUUGUUUUGUUCCUGUUUGUUUUCUGGGUGUGUGUGGGUGUGUGUAUGGGUAUGUGUGUGUGUGUGUGUGUGUGUGUCCGAUGUUUUUAGGUUUUUUUUUUUUUUAACCUUUCUGGAAAGUUAGUUUCUAUGCUUUUUCAAAUAGAACUAUUGCAAAAUACCUACCACUAAUUUUUUUUUAAGGUUCCAUAGUUUCUGUUCUGCCUUCUUUUUUAUUUUCAAAAUGAUUCUCCGCACUUUAAAUUUAUUUAACGCACCCACAAAUGCUGUGUGACCUUUCCCCGCACACUGAAUCACGAGGCUCUUAACUUCUUCAAAGCGUAAUGGUAUCUUGUGAGUUCCAUAAUCAGUCUUCACAUCUUUGUAUUCACUACUACUAUUUUUAUUAUUAUUAUUAUUGAUGCUACUAUUUUUUAUUAUUUGUCACUGAUGAAUUUCCUUAAGGAGUAAAGAACUGUACGAUCCUGUUUGAGUUUCUGUCAUGCAAUUAAAAUUUCAGUCAUCUUUUUCAUCUGCCUUGUUGUAUAGUCCAUAUUCAUGGCUGAAACUUGACCACACGGUUACUGAUUGUACGUCUUUCCAUCUGGACUUCAUGUAGUAUGCUGGACUACUCAUGCGUCUCUCACACUAACACGCUCGGGGCCGGAGACAUGAAAUCCUCAAGCCAUCAAGACUUGCAAUUUCAGUGGCUUGAUAACUGGGCCACCAAAGAACUUGAAUCUUUUCAUUUUUUUAUUUUUUAUUUUUUUUUAGUGAUCAAGCUAUUCUGGGACUUAAUGGCUACACUUUGGAAAGUCACAGUUGAGUGCAAGUGGUACCUCUUUCCAUAGGGAAUUUUGCCCAGCUUUGCUUUAAAGGAUGUCUUGUGUUUUAUUCUUAUUACGCAUAUAGUCCAUAGGUCCAGUCUGCCCUUGAGGCCUUGGUCUUGGUGGGUGUCUCUCAUCAAUCACGUUACUUAAAAGUGGCUGCGGCUGUAAGAACUCUUGUCUGAUGUAUUUGCAACUAUGCUCCCAUUUAUAAACGUGGUCUCUAAUAAUGGUCGAGUGGCCAGGUUCUGAUGCGAAGGUGGCAUGGACUCCCUUUGUGUGGGUGGGGCUUCUGGGUGGUGGUGAGGGACUGGUAUCUGAAAAAUGCCUUCAAGUGUACUAAUUUAUUAAUAAAUGUUAGGUGUUUAUUACCCGA